AUGCUAAGGAAUGCCCUGGAGGCACGUAAGGCUGCGAAUGACACUACUCUUGCUAAUGUUGCUGCCAAUCUUGAUCCAAUUGGUAGGAUUCAGAUGCGCACAAGACGUACGCUUCGCGGUCAUCUUGCUAAAAUAUAUGCUAUGCAUUGGGCAUCGGAUUCACGCAACUUAGUUUCUGCAUCUCAGGAUGGAAAACUUAUUGUAUGGGAUUCUUACACAACAAACAAGGUACAUGCAAUUCCGCUUCGGUCAUCCUGGGUGAUGACAUGUGCAUAUGCGCCUUCAGGUUCUUAUGUUGCCUGUGGUGGUUUGGAUAAUAUUUGCAGCAUAUAUUCUUUGAAAACUCGUGAAGGCAACGUUCGUGUUUCGCGUGAACUCCCAGGUCACACGGGUUAUUUAUCAUGUUGCCGUUUCCUUGAUGAUAAUCAAAUCGUGACUUCUAGCGGGGACAUGACCUGUGCGCUAUGGGACAUAGAAACCGGACAGCAGUGUACGGCUUUUAUGGGGCAUACUGGCGACGUCAUGUCGUUGUCUCUUCCACCCGACAUGCGUACCUUUAUAUCUGGUGCCUGCGAUGCAUCAGCAAAACUUUGGGAUAUUCGUGAUGGAAUGUGCAAACAGACGUUUCCAGGUCAUGAAAGCGAUAUUAAUGCUGUUACAUAUUUCCCGUCGGGAUAUGCAUUUGCUACGGGAUCCGACGACGCGACAUGCCGUUUAUUUGAUAUUCGGGCUGAUCAAGAGCUUGCUAUGUAUUCACACGACAAUAUUAUUUGCGGUAUAACUAGUGUUGCCUUUUCUAAGUCUGGAAGACUAUUAUUUGCUGGUUAUGACGACUUUAACUGUAAUGUGUGGGAUUCUAUGCGACAGGAACGGGCUGGCGUAUUGGCCGGACAUGACAACCGUGUUUCAUGUUUAGGAGUCACCGAUGACGGAAUGGCCGUCUGCACUGGGUCGUGGGAUAGUUUCUUGAAGAUUUGGAAUUAG